AAAAUUAUGGAGGUGCAGGCCCAAGUACUUCGAAUCAUCAACAAGAAAUCCAAGAAAGAACAGCGAAGGAAAAACGUGACAAGAAAAGUGUUUUCUCGACUCGAGAUGUUAGAAGGUGCUAAAUCAAUAGGUGCCGGAGCUGCUACAAUUGCUUUAGCCGGAGCUGCUGUCGGUAUUGGAAACGUCCUCAGUUCUUUGAUUCAUUCCGUGGCGCGAAAUCCAUCAUUGGCUAAACAAUCAUUUGGUUAUGCCAUUUUGGGCUUUGCUCUCACCGAAGCUAUUGCAUUGUUUGCCCCAAUGAUGGCCUUUCUGAUCUCAUUCGUUUUCCGAUCGCAUAAAAAGUCAUGAGAUCAAAAAAGAAAUGUGAGAAUGUAGUUACAGAUGUCAAAAAAGUCAAUAUCUCGUUCUCUUGUUCCAUAGAUGGGGCGUCCUAUCCGAUGGAUGAAUGAGGAGCCUCUGUCGAGUAGUGAAAUGAUAGGAUUCUGCUUUUCGGUUAAACCGAAACACAAGUCGGCGAUUCAAGCCAAGAGUGCGGGCACCUUAAGAGCGGUCAAAGCUAGAAGCUAUAUCAUGACUGCUGGAACGAAAGACCCGAUGAGUAUUUUCGUACCACCUUCCAAUCUUCUUAGUCAAUUGUGUACUUUUCCACUAGGCGAGACAUAAGUUAUCGGAAUCCGGGGCCUGUUUUUCCCUAUUUCCCAAGGGGAAUGUCAAAUUGUGUGGUUUCAAAGUCUUAUGAGACAGAAAGUUUUGGAAAAUGGAGCUGCCGUUUUCACUACUUUGGUCCCUAGCGAUAUUGUUGCUUAAACUAACAUGGAAAGUGGGUUCAAUCACUUUAAAGUGCCCUCUCAAGUGUCAUCUCAUAAUGGUAAUCUCCUUAUGGUAUAGUAAUUUGGCUUAGAAUAAGAAACCUAUCUCUUCCCCCUAAUGGCUUUUCACUACCCCUUGCGGGAAUGCGUAUCGUUGCUGCAUCGCCACCGUAUUCCUGACUUGCUUUUCCGAACUGCUUGUUUUCUCGGGGCUGCAGUCCAGUUGCUUAGUGGUUUGCUUCUCGGUCUACCCAAUCAAGGUUAGACCUCGCUCUAUCAACCAUUGCUUUAAAUAGUAUCAUGUUAUUUCAUCUUUCAUUGAUACCAUCAUUACAAUCGAGGGCCUACAAUCCAUGGAAAUCCCUAUUCCGAUCACUGGGAAAGAAGAGCAAGUAAGUAAUGAAUGAAUGAAUGAAUUUAGAUGGUAUAUAAACAUCUCCCCAUGAAGGGAAGGUGCUAUAGUAUCUAACUAAGAAAACAAGUAGGUUGUGAAAUGAUAGGAAAUAUGCCAUGCAGAAAAUCAAGGAAAUAUUUCCUGGAUUUUCGGAUGACCCGGCUUAUCUUUGCAGUUAUCCUUAUUUAGCAGAAUCUAGUGAGUGUUCCAUUAAAAGGAAAGAGAGCUAUUCGUUGUAGGAUUGAUCCAGACAACCCAACCUAAGUCACCUAUUGCGCCUAACCUAAGUAUAGUGCCAGUGGUCGGCGAGGAGAAGUUCAUUCCUGUAGAGAAGAGAGGGGAUCCUAUUUCCUUUCCCCCUUUCCCAGUAUGGCAACCUUAUCUUCCAGCAUGAAAGUUGGUAUCAGAAUGAAACAAUCCAAUCCAUACUUGUGGAGUGCUAAGUUCAGUUCCUGAUUUAUCUCAAGCCUAAACCGGAAAAGGAAACCUAUUACCCGGGGUCCCCCCUUUCGGCUAUCUCAUCUGCUGUUCCUCGACUCUCAGGAAGGUAAGAUCAUCAAUCAAUAGUAGGCUGCUGCUCUGUGCAGUUAAAGAUGGGAUCCAACCUGUUCUGUUUGCUUGUUUCCUAUAAUCUGUGCUCGAUUCCAUAUUUCUGUAUCCUUCGAUUCCCGGGACAGAUCUGAUCUCCUUUAUACUUACCUCAAACAACGAGCGAAGUCGAGAUGUUGAUGAGAAAGGGGCUUUUCUCAAGGCCAAAGAGUGCUCUUUGAAGGCUACUAUGCAUCCUUACGAAUACAAGAGUGGUUUUUUUUGUUUUGGGUAUAGCAGGACUUGAACCUGCGACCAUUAGGUUAAAAGCCCAAUGCUCUACCAACUGAGCUAUACACCCGAUUUUACAAGAAGGCUUGGUGCGGAAAAGAAAAGAGGGCGGCCUGGCCCCUUUUCUUCUUAUCAUAUCACAAGGGCGCGGCUCUGUAUGGUAUAGUACUGUGGAGCAAGUUUGGGAGUCCUUUCCACUCAUUGAGGAUUCUAUCUAAAAAAGAAGGUCAACGGGGGAGACUACAGUAGCUCGAACUCAGAAACUACCCUUCUAUCCCACCCUGCUCCUCCGGCAUCGGAAGCAGAACUACCUGACCGAAGGAGAUAGACAGGAAGGGAAGACGGUCAUACAAAGGCCGAAUAAAGCUCUCUUGAAGCUGCAUCUGAAUAGACCUAGAGUCACUCAGUACAUACGAACCCUUGAAUAAAUAAGAAUUGAGAAGUAUGAAAUGUGGGCAUCAUAACAAAAAAAGAAAAAGACCGAACCAGUAAGACUAAUGUCUACUUAUUUAUACCUUUGAGAGGUCCACUUAGACUAUUAUGAUUUUCUCUUUAGCUACGUAGGUUAUAUAAGAUUCAAUUCAAUCUAACAAGCGGACUGGACUACCUUCGGCUACUACAAGAUAUUUAGAAACCUAAGAAGCUGAGCCUACUUUACGCACUUAAGGCAGCAGCAGAUGAUGAAGAAAUGGGCGGUAGAUGAUAAUGAGAAAGGGCGCCCCUUGGCAUUUCCUGUGGGGGAGUCUGAUUGAUCCAAUCACGACGAAUGAUGUCAACCCCCUCUUUUGCGCCUAACUUGACUCUGAUUCUCCCACUAUGAGAGCUGAUCCAGGGGCUAGUUCGGCUACAGAAUGGAAUUUACGAAAGCCCCCCCCCGUCUUUCCGACUCAAUGUAUUGCCCUUUGGGACCAGGAUCUGACGAGGAAGUGAGAGAGGGGACACCAAACAUAGGUGCGUACCAUUGCCCCAAUCCAAUGGACUAUGUCAUACAGGGAGGAACCCUUGGAGGUUGGGACAGAAAGAAAGCAGGUUUUGCUUCUGCUUCCUUCGAGCUACCAAACUCUUUCGUCAGGUGUGGGUCAAGUUCCCUCAUUAUUGCUUGACUUCCCCUUUGGGGCACGAAAAGAUGGACUAGGACUUAAGUAAGGGAGAGGACAACCCCUGUUUCUGGCUUACCUUCAACGAGUGAGUGCUAUUCCCAUUCCUUACUUUGAUCCGACCCUGUUCCCCGACCAGUUUGCUUGCUCACUAGAAGAGUCAAGCGAGAGCAGCUAGUUUAGAAGGAAAAGGACACCAGGGGCUAUUCGGCCUCACUUGUCGGAGACUGAACUACCGCUCGCUUACUUGCUGAUCAAGGAGGUCAUUUCCACUUACUCUAAGCAUAGAAGGAAGAAGAUUGAAAAACUAACAAACAAAUUGUCUUCAGCCCUACUUACUUAUAGGCUGACUUGGCCCAGGAAACAAGGUUCUAUUAGGCUUGCAGGGCUUAAAAAAGAAUGAGCUAGAUCGCAGGUAUUUGGAUACGAGGUAGUAGCGGGGUCUAGUCGAAGCGGUGCGCAAAGUGUACAAAGGCGAGUCUCACGGGCAGCGGCACGUGAGGGGUCUCCCGAACUUCAUGGAAGACGCAGUUAGGGAGUUGGAAGAUGCACUUUGGACUCCUGCACCAGUAAGAAUGGAACUGGAAUAAAAAGUCGGGGUAGCUAGUCACUCCGUUACUGAGGAAAGAGAGGAUGGCAUUUCCAUAAGUAGACUCUCCUUCUUACUGAAUCCUUAUCCUGCCCUCUCUACUCGGGAACAAUUCAUUCUUAACUCGUACAUAAGUUCCGGGCGUCGACAAGAGAGUUAGCGAUCUACAGCUGGUUCGGUGGACUGGUGGUGACACGGGCGGGCCCUCUACUUUAUUUGCCGAAUCCAAUCGAUCAUGGGCGGCCCUCUUCGUUCACAGUCUUUCUUUCCUUUCGAAUCCAAUUGUUCCAAUCUGACCAAAUAGCAAUUCAUUGAAAUCAUUCGGGUCACCUCUUUUUUAAGCACUUGACCAAGCCUAUUUCUAUAGAAAAGGACAGGAAUCUAUUGACUUUGAGUCUGUCUCCUACUACGAAAUUGGAACUGAACACAGGAUGGCAAUAGUGAGAAAAAAAAUCCCCUCGUACUACGUCAUUAUUUAUUCUAUUUUCCCUGGUAAGUGCUCCAGAUGCAGUUGCUUUAGUUGACGUAGUGAGUGGAACCUAAUUAUCUGUUUCCUUGAAUACCAGAGUUGCCUUUUGUAGAUGAGAAAGCCAACAAUUUUGCAAGGAGUUGAUAAUUGCACUUGAAGUAGUAAGUUUAAAGACAGUUGAAACUUAAUGGCACCGUUUAACCAAGCACUCUUGUAGCUUCGGAAACUCCGUGUUCAGAUCGGUGAGGCAAGAGACGAAUUCAUCGUCAGUUACCUCCACGAUAUCCAAAAUACCCUCCAGACCAUGAAGACAGAUAAUGAGAGUCAGGUUCAAACAAUUCAAGGAUUGUAAAUACCAUAACAGCAAAGUAGAAUGCACCAAAUUUUUCCUAUUACCGGUUCCAGGAAGAGCACACCAAAUGAAAGAAACUAUUACUCAAAAAGCGAAUCACAUCUCGAUCCACAAACUGCCAAAAGCCUUUGUUAUUCCAUUCCCAGUGGAACGUCAACCUGUUUAACAACAAUUUUCUAAGAAACUUGCUGAAUUCUAAAUGAAACAACCUUAUUUUCAAGUGACAGGCAAUAUCCAUUUCAACCAAUUAUUAAAGAUAAAAGGGCUAACUGCACAGCUAAUUGAAUUCCUUUUCGAGGUUGAGUUCAUCUUGAAACCGCAUUUGCUUCCUAAUUAAACUGAGAAAAAAUAAGAAUAUUAAAAGAAAGACUCCACAGAACAUGAAUGAAUUCAGGUACAUCACAUCAGGCUGAUAUGUGCCGGUAUCAUACCUGUUUCAAGAUUCUGGCUAAGCCCUUCUUGUUGCCACAUAUCCAGUUUCUUCUAAGGUUUCUUGAAUUGCUCAAGUUCCUGCUCAACGCUUCUUGUCUAGCUCCAGUCUAGCACUUGUACCAGUCGCCUACCAGAUCACGGCUUUGCUCCAAUUCGACUCUCCAAUUAUGCAAUCCUCUCCAAAAUUGGGGCUUUUCUUCACUUCAGCACUUCCCCUCGCAGUGGAUUCCACUAGGUUCUUAACCUCUUCCCAAUUCUUAAACUGAAACCUGCGAUGUCUAAUCCAACUCGGCACCUAACCAGCUUGUCAGCAUCGUAAGUUUGCCUCAACAUUCCCCCUAGAAAUACAAAAAGAAUGUAAAUCUACUUUCAUUUAUUUAUUAGGGAUGAGACUUUCUUUUUCUUUUUCUAUUUUCUAGAAUAAGUAUGCUCUGGAGUAAAAGGAUUCGAACCUUUGCAUGCCGGUACCAAAAACCGAUGCCUUACCACUUGGCUAUACUCCAAACGGGGGGAAGGCUCGAUGAAAACGAGCUGGGAUAUAGAUUUUUCAGAAGGAAGAGUUAGUUACCCUCGGUCUUCCUUCUUUCCCGGGAAUCAAGGAAGUAGUAGCGGGACAGUCCUUUAUUUCCCCCUUUAGACCAACUACAACAAGCUCGCUCCUUAGGUUAGCUCUCUGCUCUACCUAUUUGUUUGCAAUGCCUUGCUUAUCAAAAUAGGCCUUUCUGUAACCUGACCUUACGCUGAAAAACAGCACUUGUUGGCUCUGCGUCCACUGAAACUUAUGAAAAAGAAAUGUUAUUCUAUCGAUAUCUUCAAGAGUUCCCUAACCCCCUGACUGAGAGUGCUAUGAUGGGCUAUUGAAGUUCGUCCCUGCGGCACGGUGGGGCAGUGCAAAUCCUUUCAUUAAUGAAGUUCCGCCCUGACACUCCCAUUAUUGGCUUCCUUCCCUGGGGACCGCUCGGGCGAAGGCAGAGCAUGGAAUGAUCGUAGGGGCAUCCUUCCUAGGUGGAAAAGACGUGUGUGACUAAAACCAGGAGGAGAAAUCCAUUUUCAAAUGGCGACAGAAAGAAAGGAAUCACGAAAUAGAAGAAAAAGUGCACUGUGCUGGCAAAUGUGGAGAAUAGCCAUCCAUCUUUCAUCAAUGAAAUUGUUCCGUAUGGGUAGCAAAUACACAUAUCAGAAGAGCCAACCCGAAAGCACUUGCUUCAAAGAAGCAGCAGUUACCAAGAAAUUCCUGUUUCAAGUCAGUAUAUCUCGAUAGAACCAAUUCCAAUCCAGGUAGUGUGAACAGAGGAUGUGGAAGUUCUGUUUCCUUGCCUUGUCAAGCAUUUCAUCUGACACUCUAUCUAUACUAUAGCUAGAUCAAUUCCUAUUCUUUCUUCCAGGCGACUUUACUCCAAAGAAUUUUGCCUUCUUAUCUUGACUCGAUCUCACGAAAUUGGAUUGAUUGGCACACCGCGCAUCUGGCAUUCGCUUCUCCUAUCUAUCUCUUCCAACUAAGCUGAUCACUGGAAAAUAUGAAAUCCUGCAAGCAAUCAUUCCAGAGCCAACUACGAAGAUACCUGGUCUUCCACUCUGUUCACUGGAGGAAAGACAAGAAAGUAAACAAUUCUUCAAAGGAAUUGGCUCUACCGGAACAGAGGAAUUGGCUCGCUCCUUCGCUCGCUGGGUAAGCGUAGAAUGCACACCAGUCUGGUAUCAAAGCGUAUCUACUUGAAAAGGAGACUACUUGAACAGAUGAAAUGGAAGGAAGAAAUGAAAGUUCGAUCUACCAACGUAGAGUCCGCCCCUCCCAGGAAGAAGAAAUUUGCUACUUUGGCUCAUCAGUUGGUAAGUCUGUCUAUGAAGUUCAGUACCCAGAAAAGAGAAAAAAAGACCAAAACAAGCUUUUUCAAGCUCUACAAGUCCUAUAUAUAUAGUGUUCCACUAGAUAGCCGUGUUAAACUAGUCCAGUCUUGCCGAGUGGCCUUAUCUUCUGGUUACCUGGUCCGGUACUUCUACUUCGAGAGUGAGUUAGUAAACAGGAUCAACUUUAUGAUCCAUUUUGAGAAAUUGCAAUCACAGAAUCAGAACGAGUGGGUCUAGAGUCCAUCCUCACACAGUUGAAAUGCUGCUUCUCCCUUCUCCUUUCCAAAAGAAAGUGGAUCUCAUAGCCUCUGACAAUUCGAAAAGUAGGUCUCAGUCUCAUUUUCAGAUGAAAUUUUCCACCGGAAAGAGAAUCCCAUAUUCUUUAAGCCAAGCCGCCAAUCCUAGGGUCAAUGCGGAACAGGAAACCAUUGCUAUUUGAGCAGUUAGAGAAUAGAAAUUCCACUCAUUUAGAAAUCGAUCAGCGAAUGCCAGAGGAAGGAUAAGGGGAGCCUACACCAACGUAGUCUUAGCCCUAGAACACAUGGAGCUUGGAGCACUGAUAAUAAGUCUGUCUGAUUUUCAAGGAGUUUAUGAACAAUCACCACAUCCAUAUUGAGGAGAAAGCUCACUCAGGCUACUGAACUUGUAAAUACAGUUGCGCUCAUGAUAGGGAUUCCGUUUAUGGCGUGAG